AUGCGUACUGAGGCCAAAGUCGAUGAGUGGGCGCCGUUUAAAGACGAGGAGGAGUGGGAACUGUUUCGGUGGUUGAUCAAACAUGUUGGUCAGAAUAGGAUCGACGAGUUCCUCAAGCUUUCGAUUCAAAUCGACGACCUACCUACAGGAGCCGCUUGGCACUGCGAGACGAUCACUGUAACAGGCGAUCGUGUCGGUGAUGACGGAAGCUCCAUGCAGGAGCAGUUGGAGCUUUGGCGACGCGAUCCUGUCGACUGUGUCAAGGAACUCAUUGGAAAUCCUACGUUUGAUGGGAACAUCGCCUACGCGCCGGAGAAAGUCUACACCGAGGACGCAGCCACAAUACGUCGGUAUGAUGAGAUGUGGACGGCCGAGUGGUGGUGGAAGACACAGGUAUGUCAGCCAACAACAAUGGCACUGGCGAGAAGAGUGACUCACCAUUGUCACAGGGGAAGGUGCCCGAAGGCGCAACAGUGGCGCCCGUGA